UCCAUUAGUGCAUAUGUGCAUCUGUUUGUUUGCGCGUGUGUAUGCUCCUGUACCUGAUCAGUCUGCAACAGAAGAAACUAGGAUGUCGUCCAGGAAGGACUUAUACAUUUAAAGGACGCCACUUAAACACAGUCCAGCCAAACAAUGAAGGCACUCAUGCUGCUGCUUUGGAUUUUUGUUGUGCCCACGCACACAAUUGUGCUUCAGCCAAGUUUGAAUGCAUCAAUCCCAUACAAUGUAUCUGCAGAAAGUGACCUGUUUGGAGAGCUGAGACCGGAUUGGUCGGCUUUCAACAAUGAAGAAGAGCUGAGAAAUGAGGAAGAGGUCACAGUCCAAGAGGCAGAUCGACAAAUCGACAUCCCGGCAUCUAAACCUUUCCUGUACUCACCAACAGAAUCAGUCCCCAAACAAGCUAUUUCACAACCACCAUUCCCUUCAGGAACAACAACCGAGAGGACAUCCGUCAUAACCAGUAUUACUCCUUUACCUAAAACUACAACUGCAACAACAAACCAUCAUAUUCUAAACUUAACCGCCGAGGUAAUAGAGACCAGAUUACUAUCGAAUGAAAGCAUCACAAGCGAUGACCUCAAAGUUAAGCUUCAUGCAAUAAACAACUCUAAACUCCACCUGCUGGAGGAAAUGAGCGUCGAUACCACUGCAGCGGCACUGAGGGCAGGGCCCACUGCUGCGGCCCCACCUGGUACUUUAAUGGCCAAACUUAAAAACAAAGCAUCACGUGCCAACCCAAAAAGCAAUGCGACAGUGAAGAAGAAAACCAAAAAGCUUCCAAAGAGAGACAGAGCAAAGGAGAAGACAACAAAUGCUUUGAAAAAAGCAAAAAAAGCGAGAAAGGAGAUGAAAAUAAAACCAACUGCUUCGUAUUUUCCAUAUUUUAAAGAUCACUACUGUCCACCAUAUUGUUCCUGUUAUGGAAGGGUGGUGCAGUGUUCCGACAAAGAUCUGGAGAAAAUCCCUUACGGAAUUCCUUACAAUUCCCGUUACAUUCUCUUAAUGAACAACCGCAUCGAUAGCAUUCAGCCGAACUUGCUCUCUCUAUACGACUCCAUGGAGUUCCUGGUGCUUAGCAACAACAAUUUAACGGAUGCUACGGUCGAGGGUGCCUUCAAAGGGAUUCGGAGUCUGAAGAGGCUAUACAUGGAACGAAAUCUUUUUCGGAGUGUCCCCACCGACCUGCCCCCUUCUCUGGAAGAGCUACGGCUGGAUGGGAACCAGGUGAGCGCGAUAUCUGAAGCAGCCAUGGCCCGCUGCCCAAACCUGCUAAUUCUUAGCCUGAGUAACAACAGUUUGGGUAACGAAACGUCCAAAAUCCCUCCAGGAGUGCUUCUUACGAUGGGCAACCUUCGCACGCUUACCCUUUCCCACAACCUCCUUACCUCCGUCCCACUGCAGUUGCCACUUAAUCUUCGAGAACUUUAUCUCCGUGGCAACCGCAUCCAUCGUCUCCACGGUGACGUGUUCUGGGGUGAGGCAGAGCUGCAGGUGCUGGAUCUAAGUGCGAAUAGACUGACAGAUAAAGGGUUUGGAAAGGCGGCGCUAUUGAACGCCACUCGCCUAGAAAGUUUAAAUUUAGAAGGUAACUUAUUGAAACAGAUUCCUCGCCAUCUGCCUCGCACCAUAAAGACCCUCAACUUAGAGGGAAACUUAAUCUCCAGCAUUGGCAAGGAUGCUUUUAUAUCAAUGCCCCAGUUGGAGCAUCUGGGCCUGGCACGAAAUAAGAUCACCAAGGUGGCCGUCGGUGCCUUCCGGGUACUUCCGCUCCUGCAUCAGCUGGAUGUGAGUCACAACGGCUUGCGACAGGUACCGCGGCAGCUACCGUUGUGGCUGCACUCCGCCACGUUUACGCACAACAAGAUACGCACGGUCCCGCGUGAUGCGUUCUGUUGGGGUCAAGGCAACAGCUCAGCGCUCAGUCGCCUGGUCAGGGUGCAGCUGGAACAUAACAUGAUAGAUUUGGGCCACCUGGACAUGUUGGCCUUUAGAUGCCUCAGAGGGUUUCAAGUGGUGCAGUUUUACUGAACUUGAUGUGUUGGUCCUGACUUUGGAGCACUGAUCAGUGAGUUGGCCAUUUUAAGGGGUUGUCUCAAUUGCAAAAUCCUUCUAUAAAGACAAACAUUUGUUUUAAUUAAUAUAUAAACACACAUCGCUAGACAGGAAGGGACCACAAUUUACUUAAUAUUUAAAUGUAAUAUUCCUCCAAAUUUAUGCAUGGAUAUGUUAGAGAAUAAUGAAUGCGUUGUUCAUAAUAUACUUUAACACAUGUUAAAAAAUUAAGUCAGAGAGAUGUUGGUUUUGCCGGUGGUUGAUCAAUAACAGCUAUGAUUGAUCACAGCGCGCUUAAGGAGCCACGUCGCCGGAAAAUAAGUGACUAGUGUCCCAAUAUGAAGUGAGCUAGCGUCCUUACCAGUGCCUGAACCUGCAUACACGUUAUACUGAUUCAUAGGGAGCGGAUUGAGGCACAGCCAAAGUCAGUGCUAUCUGAUACAGAGAUGUAAUACCACGUCUUUACACUAGGAUGAAGCACAACAUCAUGUAAUGCAAAAGAUUGAAAUUGGUGUUCAGCAACUUAUAGAUCCUAAACUGCAUUGCAAGAGAUUUCUUUUGUGAUAUGGAAAUAUCUGAAAGAGGUCAUAUAGUGCACGUAAUAUAAAGGAUUAUUAGGAACACCAUACUAAUACUGUGUUUGACCCCCUUUCGCCUUCAGAACUGUCUUAAUUCUACGUGGCAUUGAUUCAACAAGGUGCUGAAAGCAUUCUUUAGAAAUGUUGGCCCAUAUUGAUAGGAUAGCAUCUUGCAGUUGAUGGAGAUUUGUGGGAUGCACAUCCAGGGCACGAAGCUCUCGUUCCACCACAUCCCAAAGAUGCUCUAUUGGGUUGAGAUCUGGUGACUGUGGGGGCCAUUUUAGUACAGUGAACUCAUUGUCAUGUUCAAGAAACCAAUUUGAAAUGAUUCGAGCUUUGUGACAUGGUGCAUUAUCCUAUAACCCAUCAGAGGUGGUUAUAAAGGGAUGGACAUGGUUAGAAACAAUGCUUAGGUAGGCCGUGGCAUUUAAACGAUGCCCAGUUGGCACUAAAGGCCCGGGUAUACUUUUUUUCCGCGUCCGCGUCCGGCUCGCGCGCGCACGCGUCCGCGCAGCUUUCCGAGUAUAGUCCCCGCGGCUACACGCGGACGGCCGCGUUCGACACUAUACGCAAUUCAAAUGAUUUCUUAUUCAAAUUAUUAGUCUAACAGGCUGUUAGGGCAGCACUGAUUUGGCGACAUUUAAAGUACAUUAAAACAUUAGGAUAGGUGAAGAAAAGUAACUGAUCCACCAUUGCAAACACAGUUUAGAACAAACAAUAAGACAACAAAGAACAGGAAUCAAACAAACAUGCUCCAGGGCUUUCUGUUCUUGGAAGAAGAAAAAGUUAAAGAAGAAAAACGAUAGUGUGUGUGCAAAUGCUGUCUAUUUCCUUUGUAUAAUUGUUUAUAGUGGAGUGCCCUGUCUAAAUAUGUUCACGCGCAUGCGCUGUCGUACGCGGACUGUACGCGCACUGUCCGCGCGGUCUCAAAUUUUGGGCUGCACGCGGACGGUCCGCGCGGCCGGCCGCGGACCCUCUUGAUGACGAAAAUGACGUCAUGCGGACGGCGCGCAUACGCGGACGUCCCUAGUAUACUUUCGGCUUACGGGCCCUAAAGUGUGCCAAGAAAACAUCCCCCACACCAUUACACCAUUGCAUUAAUGAGAAAUUGAACAGGUGUUCCUAAUAAUCCUUUAGGUGAGAGUAUUGUUAAAAUGUUUUUUUGUUAUGUGACUGUAA